ACUUGGUGAUUUGUUUUGUCGCAAUUUAUCAAUAGCAAUUGGUAUUUUGAUAGCGAGCAUCUAGUGAAGGUUUUGUCUUACACUUUCCAAAUUACUUGCCAAGCAACUAAAGUGUACAUUCCUGCAACGGGAUAUCAGUUCCAAUUUGCAUUUUAAACCGUGUAAUUUUUUUAAAAAAAGGGAAGAAAACGAAAUUAAAAAUGAUAUUCGCUACACGAUCAGUUACAUCCAUGGUGAUUUUGAUGACCGUUUGCAUUUUGCUCACGGUCACGCAACUCACAGAAGCCGGAUACCGCAAACCACCAUUCAACGGUAGCAUCUUUGGAAAACGAUCCGGCAACAGCAUCGAUUACGAUGCGAGUGGAAAAGCGAUAUCGGCAUUAUGUGAGCUAGCGCUUGAGACAUGCCAAUCAUGGUUGCCCCAAGACAAAAAAUAGUGAUUCGAAAACAAUGAUGGACGAACGGGCGUUUGAAGCAGGAACGAAAAGCCAACGCAGCAUCACAUCAACACAACUAUCUGGAUUCGAGCGAUACAUAUAAAUUAAUUAUAACGAAUAAGGAUCCGAAGCAUUUUCGAGACACACACACACACAAACAAAAUAUUAUAGCAACAGCAGCAGUAAACCAAAAUAGAGUAUCGAGCUUUAACACAACUUUAUCAUAUAUUGGAAUAGCCAACAACUGAUUUUAUAAAACAAUCAAACUGAUUCAGCAGCAAAGUUAAUCUAAUGGUUAAAACGUAUAGUAUUUUUGUUGAAAAAAAAAUCGUAUUUUUUCUUACAUAUGCUCAGCAGUACAUACAAAAUGAAAAUAGUUUUGAUACGCAAAGAAAAAAAAAACAAACACUUGUAUUGAUGUUGGUUUAAUUUUCAGUUUGAUUUUUAUUUGAACAAUUACAUGAGUCAUUACACACAUUUAAUCUACUCUCAUUACAUUAAGAAUAAAGAAAAGAAUCGUAACAAAAAAAGAAGAAAAUUUGUGGUUGAUUGGAAAAGGAGCUUUGCAGCGGAAUGAAUAAAUCAUAAUGGCAGCGAACAUUCAUUUUACAGUUUAUACACUUAAAAAAAAAUAAUAAUAAUAUAUUUUCUAUUUAAAGCGAAGCAAACAACAACAAUAAAAAAUAAAUAUUCCAUUGAAUAAGCCAUGACAGUAUGA